AAGUUGGAGGGGUUCCGAAAGAAAAAGCAGACGCGCGAAGAUCCAUAAGUGAAAUAUUGACAAUGGCUGAUCUUUCCCUUUGGUCAUGGAGGCAUGACUUUGAUAAUAGAUUUGUGUAUUACCUAACUGGAGGCAUUAGUCUAAUGUAUGUAGUGACACUGGUCAUGAUAUACUAUGGAAAUCCCAGGACUCCGAAAGUAGUUGACGUUCGUCCUUUGGAAGAUAUGACACAAGAAAAGAAACUCCAUAAAUACUUACUGAUAGUGGAUACAUCACAAAGACCAGGUGUAAGUUGUACCAGAGAAACAAGUAUAUUCAUACAGCUGACUGGUGAGAUGGCCAUUUCCAGCUACUUUAAAGUUGCUGUAUUUGAUGAGGGAAAGUUUAUCUUCCAGAGAGGAUGUAAAGACUUGAUACUGUUCAGAAUUAAAGAAUAUCUUGGACAAGUUAUUGAAGUGAAGAUGCUAGUCACUAAUUUAAAAUGGAGACCUGAAAAGGUUGAAGUUGUCAAAACAUCAACAGGAGAAAGGUUUGUUGUACCUGUAAGAGUUGUCUACCCUGGUAGUACAUCAUCAUCAGAGAGUGGAACAGUUUAUCCUGUAGCGAAAAGAAAUAUAUGUAAAGUUAUAUUCCAAUCAGUGUUGCAGUAUCACCAUUGGAUAUCCAUGGCUUUAGGCCCUAACAAAUUUGGGGCCUAUACUGGUACCAUGAAUAUACUGUUGAUAUUUUUUGGUAUUUCGUCACUUCUUAUGAGUACCUUGAUUGUUUACAUCCUAAUUCAGCCUGAAACUAGAGACAGUGUUUACAUUGAUAUGUACACAUUUACAUGGUGUAGCUUUGUUACUGGCAUGACUUUUGUAUCAGCAGCAAUAUUUGAGUUCAUGUUACGCAAUAUUAGGUCGGGAUAUUUGCCUGACAUUGUCAAAUUUAAAAAUCAAAUGAAUGAAAAUGAGGAAAAGCCUACAAAAUCUAAUCGCCUGCAUACUUAUUUAGAAGAGAAAAAGUACAAUUUUACGUCAGAAACAGAAAUUAAAUCACAAGGAAGUUUUAAUUCUGAAGAUGAUGAACCAAUCAAAAGUGCUGUUGACCUUCCAGAGCUGAAAAAGUUAAAACAAAUAGAUAAUUCCAAUCAGAGUCAAAUUAAUACUAAUCAUGAAAACAUAGAUAAUAAUUUAGAAUAUGGAACUAGAUCAAGUACUAAAAAAUUUCAAGGUAGUUAUGAUGAAAAAAACAAUAAGUCUGAUGUUGAUAAUUACUGUUCUAAAAACUCUAAACUGGGUAGAAGUCAGCUCAGUUCUAAUGAUGAAUUAUUGGCGGUGGAAUAUAUUCAGCCUGGUUCAAAAACAGCCAUUGAGUCUUCAAAACAUUCCAGUAGUUUAAUGAAGUAUCUAGGAACUCGUAAUAUGAGUCAAAAUGCCAAUGUAAGUCUUUAUUCUGUUCAAAGUCGAGGUACACAAACUAACUGGACACGGAGAAAUAAAUCUAACAAAGGAAUAUCACAUCAUGGUAUCUUAGUUGAUAAACGCCAAAAUGCUCAAGAAAUUCGAAUGUAUAGUAGUAGUAGAAGCAACUGGAUGUCACAGUCAGAUGAAGCUGUUCAAAUAAAACAAGUUUUUCAUACAAACUCUGACGUAAUUAAUUCUGAUACACCUAAACCAACCCACACAGAUACAGGCUUAGCAAUGAGAGGUAAUUUACCAACUGCCAAUUUAAAGAAAACUGAUGAAAUUGAAACUUCUGAGAAAAGCAUGCUCGAGUCUGAGACCAGUGUACAACACAGUAAAGGACCACCAGUAACUUGGAGUGAUAUUGGAGUGUCGCAAAUAGAUGACAGAGGAAAUAGAAUUCUAAUGUCAGCAUCACAAGAUGAAAUCCAAGCUUCUACCAGUAGGAUUAACUGUUUUCAACAAUUUGUUGAGGAUUGGGAUGACACAGAAAUAAUUUCAAUUGACGAUCUUAGACAUGAAUGUAGUGUGUUUUUGAAACAGUUGGUCAGCCAUGUUGGAAAGCAAGAAAAGUAUUUAAAAAAACAAAUUAGACAUGGUGAUACAAGAUGUUUUACAGGAUUGGAAGUCAUUGCAGAUAGAUGGUUUCAGGAAUUAAGAACAGAGAGUUAUAAAUUUAUCAUUUAUAGGGCUUUUCAGAAAGGUGUGACAAAAGCAGUACUGAAACAUAAUUUAGAAGCCAUGCCAGAGAUCGACAGUAUAAUUACUUCCUGGACAACAAAGAAUGUGUGCACUGUUAUAGAACAAUGUUCUGACAAGUUGAAUAUCCAGAAUAGUCUUUCAAAACCUGACAUUGAGGAAAUAUCAUACAAAAUAAUGGUGAGGAUCUACAACUUGGCUGAUCGAUGGUGUCCAAGGAUUCUCCUUCAAGAUGGAAGGCAACUUGAAGAAGAAAUAGGGUUUAGAACUGGACUAGAAGCAAUUCUAUCUUCUAAAGGUAGCCUACUUCAAUUUCAGGAUCUAAUAUCAACUUCUAUGAUUCAUAUUCAGACCCAGUCCGAUAGGAAUAGAAAUAAUAAUGGUGGAAUUAUUGAAACUUUGACAAGUCAAGCAUCAAUGAGCACAUUAAAUUCUUCAGAAUAUCUGGUCCUUUACACACUAGCCUCAUGUGUGGUCAGAUUGGCCUUCCAGAACCAGGACUGGAUUCUUAGAGAGGACUGGGACAAAAUAACACAAGGGUCAACACCAAGAUAUUUAGAUGAGUUCUUUAGGCAACAACAAUCAGAACUAUUAACAGUGUGGAAAUUAUGUUCCAAUAUUGUUGAUGAAGCCCAAGAAGAAUUAGAUAAAGAUUAUAAAGAUGCCAGUUUUGUUUAUACUCAGUUUUUGGUUCGUCAGCUAGCAUUAUCAAGUUUGGAAGACCUUAUAAAAGAUGAUGAGGACAAAUUCUGUGAAAGAUAUAAAGAAUUAAGAUCCAAGUUGUACAAGCAAUGGAGUAAACAGGGUUUCCAUCAGACACUUAACACAAUGAAUUACCUACCAGAGGUGUUACUGAGUAAUUAUAUUGCCAAAAUUAAAGAUCAGGACCAUAUCACAGAUGACACUUCACCUUACUUCAUCCUUAGUCAAAGUCAUUCAUUAGACAGGAUCAAAGCAGAACUUGGACAUACCAUUAUGACUACUGUUAAGGAGAACCUAUAUAGUUACGGUGGACGUCUAUUCUUUUUAACUGAUGAGUAUGAACUUAAAUCAUUGAUGGAUAGAGGAGAUUUUCAUAUUACUGAACAUACUUUCAUCAUGGUGGAUUCAGCAGUUGUAGAAACAUUUAAGAUGUUACCAGAUGUAACAAAUUCUUUGCUAACAUGUGAAAUACAGGAGUACGUGAGUGCAAUGCUUGUCAAUAAGGCAGUUGAUUCAGCGAGACAUGUGGUGAUGUUAGAGAAACAGAUAGAGAAGCAGAAACGUGAACCAACCAAGAUCAAUAUGACAGAAUUUGCGUCAGUUGCAAAAUCAUUAGGACCAAUGGUGCUAUUCCUAAAAAAUGUUAAAGCAAGGAAUACAAUCAAACCAAAGGACUUUGUAGCCAAGAUGGAAAACAAACACACAGAUUUUGUGGCUGUUAAUUUACAAAAUGUUUAUGAGGCUGGUUUAAUUCGAGAUGAUGCAGCUUUAGACAGGAGCAUUACACCAAAAAUUUUAUAUGAACUUGAAUGGGAUGUAACGAACGAAAAUAAGAAAUCUUUGCCCCACUUUGUUAAAUCAUGGUUAGUUGUUAUUUUGUUUACUGGAAUUUUCUUUAAUUUGAUGUACGUAACAUUUGUUGGAGGGCAACUGUCCCUCAAUCAGAUAAAAGCAUGGUUAUUGUAUUGGCUAUGUUCUGUAACUGCAUAUGGAUUUGUUCUCCUUCCUAUUUUAGCAAUAGUAGUUGGACUUGUAGCUUAUCUAAAGCAAUAAAUAUGGAAAAAAAAUCA